CGACGAAGACGUGGACGCAGAAAGGAGGAGCAGCAGCAGCAGGUAGCAGGUUCCGCGAGAACGGAAUUUGAACGCAACGGGAACGGCACACUCGACUGAAGCGGAGAACCGAGCAUGGCACCCCACACCCAAACCGCCGGUGGAGUAGGGGGCAUCACGAUAAAGCAACCAUUUCAACGGCGUCAGUGGCCAUACAACACGGUCAACACGGCCGGCACGGCAACGAAUGCUGUAACCGCCGGCACCACCACCACCACCACCAACAACAACAACAACAAUACGACAAACGCUGCAGGCAGCGGCACCUCGACGCUGGCCGGUAACAACAACACUAGUAUAAGCAUAAGUAGUAAUAGUAGCAACAGUGCCGCGGCCAACAGCAAUGGCGGCGGUGCAUCUCACACAACGGCAGCCGUUGCUGCGACUGGAACGACAGCGGCGGCGGCAUCAAGCGCUGGAACGACGACGAGCGCCACAGCAACAGCAGCCACCAUCACUGCCUUUGCGACGACCCAGUCACAGACGAAUGGCAGUAGCUUCUCCACAGCCAACAACAGCAACACUGCCACGGCUGCUGCCGCCGCCGUCGCACUGCUGCGGGUCGCUUCCGCCGGCACAUCGGCCAGCCUGGCCGUGAGCCCGGCGAACAAGCUGAAGCGCCUGCAGCCGACGACGGUGACGGCAUCGACGGCUGCCACCGCGCCCCCAACCACCACCGGUGUUCAGACAGACGGAACUGGAAAAAGCAAUAGCAGCAACAGCAGCAAUACCGGCGGCAGCAUCCACCACCACGUGGCCGCCUCCGCCAAACGGGCCCGCCCGAAUCAGCAGGAGGGCGCGGGCAAGAUUGUGUGUAAGUCAGUCGGCACGAACACGAACGGUCCGCCCGCACUGGUCGCGGUCAGCAGUGCUGCCAGCCAGAAAAAGUUGACGCAAAUGGCGAUCGUUGCGGCGAGCGCGGCCAGCCACAACAACAAUAGCCCCAGUCAGGCGGCGAUGUUGAUGAAGGCCGCUGCAACGUCCCUACCAGCGACGGCAGCGACUACCACCACCAACACCUCCGCCAGUAUGCUGACGGCUGCCGCAGCCGCCACCGCCCUCACGGCGGACCUGGCAAAGGCAAACAAAAUCACGGGAUACUUCAAGUCGCAGCUGAAACCGCCCAACACGUUCCAGAGCUUGAAGAAAAGCAUCAAAACCGUUGCCGGACGUGCGUCGGCAAUGCAGCAGCAGAAGCGGAAGCAGCUUACGGACGGCUCCACGGAAGGCUGCCCGGAACUGACGGCCGCCUCUACCGCCACCACCAGCAGCACCACGACUACGAUCAAACUGCCAAUGAACGGAACGAGGACGACGGCCGGUCUCGUCAGCACUGCGACGAGCUCCAGCUCCUCCACCUCCACGCCGGCACCCUUCUCGGAGGUGGACGUGGAGAAGUAUUUGAAGCUGUUUCAGCAGCAGACGACAGCACUGGGCAAACCGGCAAAUGCAAUAUCACCAGCGACGGUAGCGCUGGAAGCGGUCGCUAUAGCAACGCUGGCCGCAUCUGAGGCGGCCGCCACUGCCAACACCACUAGCAGCAGUGCCAGUUCUUCCUCCUCCUCCUCGGUGGUAGCCACCUCCACCAACAGCAAUGCGGCGAUCGUGUCGAAAAAGGUGGAGCGCAAGACAGCACGCAUCGCGCCGACCGUGUCGGCCACGCGCAAGAUCAGCCACACCGUACAGGGCGGUCUUGGUGUGGGUGGAGCGUCCGUCGUAACCGGGCAGACAAAGAAGCCCAUCAACAUUGCGCCGCGCACCACCACGGUCAGCAGUACGACCGCGGUCUACCAGCACACGAUCGUGGCGGCACCGGCGGCAACGAGCACUGCCGCCACCAGCAGCAACACUACCGCCAGCGUGCACCACCAUCAUCAGGCGACUUCGACGACGACCACCACCACGCAGAAGACUGAGCAUCCCAUGCUGCUGGGCAAAACGAAUCCCUCGCCGCCGGUCCUGCUCACCACCAUCCGUCUGCCGGCUGGUACGGCGACGGCGGCGGCGACGGCGGUCUCGCAACAACAGUCACAGCAGCAACCGACACUGCCAACCGUGUCGUCCCAGUCGCAAACGGUACAGACCGGUGCUACAACCCAGUAUAAAACGAUCGUUCCCCACCCACCAGUACCAGCCUCGUCCAGUGCUGGCGCCUCCACCGCCGCCGCCACUGCAACAUCAAAGCCAUUGUCGAGUUCAAAACAUACGACAGCGGUCAAUACGUCGGCCGCCGACACCACCACCACGAUCGCCCCAACGGCGGCCGUCUUUCAGUUUCACCACCAUCACCAGCUGACGGGAGGAGUGGGACCCGGCCAGAUACCGAAUCUGGUGCAGAUCUCGAACCUACUUCCCCUGGCCCAACAGCCGCCAAAGCUAGCCGGCGGUGCUUCCCUCACGCUCACCACAGCGGCUAGCGCGGCCGCCAUCCAGCAACAACAGCAACAACAGCAGCAGCAACAACAACAAUCGGCAUCGGCCGCGGCCGCUGCCGCAUUCGCAUCCGCGCUCGGUACCGGCACCCCGACGGCUACGGCCGCCAACCUGCUAGUCAACGCGAACGGCCUUAGCAGCGGUGCAGCGGCCGGGCUGCUGCGUAGCGGAGCAACCGGAAGCAAUGGCAACGCGUCCGGCCCGGCGGCUGGCCCAACGCCACAGCUCGUCAUGAACGCGACCAUCAUCAAAAUCCAUCAAAUACAGCAGCAACAGCAGCAGGCGGCCGCUGCCGCCGCCCAGCAAGCGGCACAGCAGCAACAGCAGCAGCUGAUGGCAGCCGCGGCCAAUUCGGUUGCGAACGCGGCAGCCGCAGCGGCAGCCACCCAGCAGCAGCAAAGCUUCACCAUGGAGGCGUCCGCGAUGAACAUGAACUUUAGCGGCAUGUUUGCCACCAAACCGACCACCACGGUGGUGCCGUACUCGUGCCAGACAACGGCGGCCGGGCGCGCCACCGCCUACCACCAGCAGCAGGCCGGCCCCCAGGCCCUGUACUCCUCGGCGCUGAACCACUUCGCCGCCGCCCAGCAGCACGCACAGCAGCAUCAUCCGCAGCAGCUGUUCAUGACGCCCACGGGCGGGAUAUUCGUGAACGCGGCCGCCAUCCCGGCGAUGAUCAGUUCGCAGCUGAGUGCGGCCUUCACCCAGGCGACGGCCAACAUUCCCGCGCUGCAUCCGCUGCAGCCGCCACUGCCAGCAUCGUCGCAAGCCACGACGAGUGGCAGCGCAAACGGUGGCAGUGCCGCCGCCGCCCCCGGACAGUUACCAAAUAUCACAGCUAUCAUCCAACAGAGCAACGGCGGAACGGCCGCUAGCGGCGGCAGUGCUGCUGCCGCCCAGCAGCAACAACAGCAGCAACAUCAUCACCACCAUCACCAUCAACUACUGGCGAACAUUUCGCCUGCAAUCCUCUCGAACCUGCAGGUAGCAACGGCGGCAGCGCUCGCCGGCGCUGGCACUGGUGUGAGUGCGAACAAGCUCGCUCUCGGACAGGCAACACCGGUGACGGGCGCUCAGUUUGUGCCAAUCUCGGCUGCCGCUCACUACGGUGCCGGCACCACGAUCUACGCAGCAGCACCGCAAACCCUCUCUAUCGCGACGUCGAUGCAUCACGCACAGCAGCAGCAGCAGCAGCAACAACAGCAGCAACAACAACAACAGCAGCUGCAACACCAACAACAGCAACAGCAGCAACAGCAAGCAAUCCUGUCGGCGGGUGUCCAAUCGCUCUCUCCGCCACCGCUCGUGGCCACCGUGCCAACGUUCACCACCACCGGCAAACCGAUCAUGAACGCCGUACUGAACGGAGUCUCGUCAGCGGUGUCGUCCGGUACAACACCUUCUUCCGGUGCGCAAAAGCUGUCCCUCGGUGGCGAACCGCCGGGCCUGGUGCCGGUACAGCUUUCGAAGCAACCGCCGGUUGUUUCGUCGGCUGCGGCCGCACCACUUCCCAAGCUGGUCCGUUCCGGGGCGCUCCCGGCGCGCAGCAACGGGUCCACGCAAACGUCCGCGAUCGUUGUGCCGCCAGCCGCACCCACCUCACCGCCGGCGCUCAACCCGCUCACGGUGGAUUGUGGCAGCAGCAACGACAGUGGCAUCGUGGCCAACUCCAGCGACAGCGAGGACAAGUCGCUCACGAUCGAUCUCUGUUCGCCCGGAUCGCCGUCCGACACGUCCGACACGGCCAAGAAGGGCGAGGAAGGGGACGAGGAAGAGGAAGAAGAUCAUCAUAUUCACGACCACCAUCACCAUCACCAUCACCGUCAUCUGCAUCAACGGCAUCAUCUGCAUGGCAGCAAGGACGAUACACGCACCACGACGUCGUCCCGAUCGUCACCGCUCUCUACCUCAUCCUCGGAAGACUCCGAGGAUCUGAUGAUCGUCGACCAUCAUGCGCCGUCGGCAGAGACAAAUACCACUGCAACGGUUGCAUCCGUUGCGGUUUCACCGUUUCCGCCGCCACUGCGGCUACUGUCCGACGUGGCAGUCGCGGCUGCCGAGGCAGAAGCCGCUCUUCAUCAGCAGCAACAGCAGCAGCAGCAGCAGACAGCUUCUGUGGUGCACCAACAACAACACGCCACGACCAAUUCGUCCGUGCUAGAGCUGAUCAGACAGAAGCAUGAGCAGCAACAGCAACCGGACCAAUCAUCGAUGGAGCAGGAUGAGGAGGAGGACACAUCAUCGUCCAAUGCCAAGCCAGAGGAGCAGCUGCUGCAACAGCAGGAGCAACAGCAGCAAUUGCAGCACGAACCAAUGUCCGUCGCUUCGUCCUCGUCUGGAACGGAUCUUCAGGAAGACUACAGUGCCGCCCCGACGCCCCAAAGCAGCAGCUCGUCCGACGGUACGCUGACGUCGCAGGAGCCAAAGUCGUCCUCCCAGCUCGACGCCCGCCAUGCGAACGCAUCGCCCAGCUGCUCGCUGUCGGAGCAAUUCUCCUCUCAUCUAUCGCCACCGAGCAUCGACACGGAGAUGACACUGGCGAACCCGCUCGCGCCGGAAGCAACCUGUGCCAAAAGCCCCAUCCUUUCGCAGCCGAAAACGAUCCGCUUCCCGGCACCGUCCGGUACGGCACCGCAUCACAACUUCGGCCGCAAGGGCUUCCGCCGGUCGGGCGACGGGCGGCUGUACGGCGUGUGCUACUGGCGGGACUGUGACAGCAAGUACGACAGCAACACGCAGCUGCUGGACCAUCUGCAGAACGCGCACGUCAACACGCAGAAGGACGGAACCGGCCUGUACGCCUGCCUGUGGGACGGUUGCAAGGUGCACAACAAGGAGUCGACCAAGUUUAACUGGCUGGAAAAGCACGUCCUCUCGCAUGCCUGCACCAAACUGCACAAGUGCAUCUUUGAAGGAUGCGGCAUGCGCUUCGCCUCACAGCCAAUGCUGGUAAAGCACGUCAACAGUCACGUGGAUGUGGACCGAAACAGCUCUGGCAAGCGAUCGUCCGAUCCGCCCGUCCCGAAGAUGCUACGUAAAACGGGCAAAAAACUGCGCUACCGUCGGCAACCGUGGUCAGCGCGCCGUUUUGAUUUCUUCGAUUCCGGUGUGAUGGAAGGGUUGCAGCAUCGCUUGAUACGGCUUGCCACCAUCGCAAGCGGACCGGGUGGAGCGAUAACGUUCCGUGGAUUGCAGCUCAGCCGCCGCCACAUACCGAGCGAAGGGACGGAAGUGCUCGUCCGAUGGUACCCAGCCGAUAUCUUACCGGACGAAUGGUUACCGGAGCUUCCGGCAGGGGAAAAGUUUGUGAAACAGGUCAACAUUCACAGCCUCUCCUUCGAGCAGCAGAAUGAACUGUCGGACUAUUUGAAGCACGAUCGGCUCAACCCAACGGCUGCUACGAUUGUGAACCCGUUUAUCGCGCUGCACGAGCACGAGUGUGCGUUGCCGGUGACGACGACGACUGCCAGUGGUGGUAGUGGAAGUAGCUCCAAUCUGAGCAGUAUCAGCAGCAACAGCAGCUGCAGCUGGAGCAACAACAGCUUCUCGAACUGUCCAACAACCGAGAAGCGAUUUAAUUCACGCACGGCACCCAAGCAACAGCGCAAGCGCUCGAAACCAUCCGGUACAGGUUCAUCGACGGGAGGAUCUUCCAUUACAUCCACCGGAUUUUCGUCGCUGUUUUCAACCUCGCUAACAUCACUGUCCGGUGGUGGAGGAGCCGGAGCGACCACUGCCAGUAAUACGGCCCCGUCGUCCUGCGGUAGUAGUAGUCGUGAUGGAAGCUGCGGCACAAUGCAACUGUCAUCCUCAUGCUCUUCAUCAUCGAUUUCGUUUACCUCCUCAUCGGGAUCCUCUUCCGCAACGUCAUCCGGACUCGUGAUGAAAUCAUCGUCCUCCUCCUCAUCCUGACCGUCGUCGAUGCCAACGAGAGCGCACAAUCAAAAGCGCAAAGUAAGACCCGCUCCGGUAAGCGAGCGUGUCAAACCGGUAGAAACAAAGCCGGCUGCGCCCGCCGCUGCAGGAUCAUCAGUUAGCCGACAGGGCCGCAUCCGAUUGCUGUCGGCAAAGGCAGCCCAGUUGCCUUUGCAGCACCGUGAUGGCAAACGAAAAAACACAUCUCAUAGUGCAGCAGGGGAGCGGAAUCGUCGCAGUGCUGCCGCUGGAACCACUGAAACCGCAAACAGCAGGCGGUAAGGUGGAUGAUUGUAUUGUAUGAUAAUUAACAAAUAAUUGGUAUAUAGUAGUUGCUUCCACUCCUGCAUGGAGGGGAGGGGAGGCACAACAUGUAAUUAAGGUGAAUGAAGUAGAAAUGUCUCCGCUCCGCUAAACGAUACAAUCCAUAACAAGAGCAAUUGCAAACUAGAAGUAUAGCCAGGGUUAGGAAGUAAUGUGUCUAAUGUGAAUUAAAAGCGCCAAACGCUACUAGCUUACUCUGUAAUAAGCGCACUGGGGCGCAUUUUUUAUGGACUGAUCCUACGCGCCUGGAGUGAGGAGAACUCUCCUCCAACUCUCCUCGGUUAAGAAAUUCCCCACCAAACACCACAUACCUACUCACAUCAACACACUCACGCACACAAACACUCACACUCGUACACAAACAAACAAACAAACACGGACACUAGAACGUGGCCUGCAAGUAGCAUGUAAGUGCAACAGUAGCCAUUGAAGAUUUCUGAGUAUGAUGUGUACGUCGGUCGUGAAAGGAGGGUUAAUGUGAGGUUAUUAUUUUAAUUAACUUACUCACCCGGUUCAGUGGUGUUCAAAUUGUGAAUAUAUUUUAGUUUAGAGCAAAGUGUUAGAUAAAUGUCGGCGAGGCAAGGCAAAGGUAUGUUUUUCUUCCUAAUUUUCCUCGUUCGGAAGUAGAGCUAAACUACUCCUUUUGCGCUAAUGAUCUAUUACAUUUUUGACUAUUAGUACAACAAGGGAAGCAAUGGAAGCGUAAGCCGUGUACGUGAACUAUUAAGCUAAAGAAAGGAACUUUAUUUGUCGAAAUGAUUUGAAUGUAGCAGGAACUUGCGAUACACAAAUAUACACACUUACACAAACCAACCAACCAUAGACACAUCCAUCGGCCGUAGGGAGAGCGUUGUUUGUAUCAUUAUUGUUUCUUUUCAAGCAGGAAAAUGAAAUAUAGCACUAAUAAGUCGAAUGUUCUGGUAUGCGCACAAAUAAGAGAAGAGACAACAAGAGAGGGAAAACGUGUAUUUGGUGCGUGUGCUGCGCGGUAUUAGCACUGCAUAGAAGUUGUCAGACAAAAUUAUUUCACUAAUCCGUUGAUCUCAAAAUAGUACUGUCUAGUAUGUAAAAGAGGACGCAGUACACAAGUGAGUGUGUGCGAGCGGUCACGGUGGCCUUGCAGCCGCGCGGAAGGAGGGCGCAUUGUCCCUGGGAGACGGGAGAGAUCACGCACAAAGAACGUGCGUGAAGUAAAGGAGGGGAAACGUAACAUAAUUUGAUGCUAGUGAUGUAAUAAGGCUAGAAUUAGAGUACGCUGUGACCAUAGCAACCACAUAGUACGGGAGGGCGUGUCGGGUCGAGAAUGACAAUAGUAGGCAUUACUCUCCUCGCAAAACAUCCUCCGACAUUACGGGAACGUAACCACACCCAAACAAACGUACACGCACACAUGUAUGUACGCGUACACACAACACACACUACACUCCUCCACAAAAGAGCAUGGUGGAAAUAGAGUAAUCUAGCAAUACAUUUCAAAAACAUUGCGAUGGAUCAAGACUGAAAAAUGUAUUUUUAUUAGAUUGUACAGUAAAAGAUGUGAAUGCGAAGGCGGAGGGUUAACCGAAGGCAUGAAAGCUGAAGGCGGAAGCACGUAAGAAAAAGGGCAAACAAUUGUGACUCACACACACCAAGGGAGCGAUUUAUAGUAUGGAAGGAUUGCAAUAAUUGUACACAAAUAAGCGGCAGGCAGAAGAUGAAACUACUUUUAUCACUUUUAACUAAUCCGCGCAUACCAUCCGCGGAAUGAAUUGGCAGGACAAUUACUCACUGUAACAUGUGUGGUGCAUUUUCACGAUCAACAAGCAAUCUUAUCUUUGCAAUACUGAUUACCAUGGCAACCAUGGGGAUGCGAAAAGUUGCAGGGCACGUGCUUGGAAGAAAGAAAGUGUUUGAUAUUGUAUUAUAAUCAAAACAAGUUCUUCUCUCAAUGUGGUGCUGAUACGAAUUUUUCCUUUAUUUAAGUUGGUUCAUCUACCGUAAUCGAUCUGGAUCUCGUUUCUCGUUAUCAGACUCGUUUAUGCCUAAAGCUAAACCUGACGUGUGUGUGAUGGCGUUUGUCUUCUUUUGUGUAAUUCUUUGCUCUUCUUUACCAAUCAGAAGAAAACAACCAAAACCUUCGUGUAUUAUCCUUUGCUGCAUUCGAUCCAAAAUUGGCUUUAUAGAAACAAAAACAAAAUUUAAAGUUAAAUGUGUGUAAAACAAAAUUAACUAAAAAUUAACAACCACUGUGCGCAUAGGGUUAAAAACGCUUAACAAACGGUCGUCGCCUCAGUCGAACAACUCUGCAACGAACGAACGAAAAAGGAAGAUGCGCAAAGAAAUAUGAUCACUGCCAAAAAAAACACACACACACACAACUGAAAAAACUCUUUAAUCUAUAUGGGGGAAAGAAGAAACUUGACUGAAUUAUGAAACUAAAUAUUAAAAGGAAGAAAAAAAAGAAGACACUAAAAUCGAACAAAGCGGAAAAGAAAAGGAAAAGAAAAGGAAGAGAAAGGCACUGUGUAUAGUUGCGAUACGUUGCAUGUAAAAGCCACCCGGAAAGGAUAAAGGGAAUGCAACUGCAUUUAAAGCUUUGCAAGAGUACAGAGGAAAAUAACUGAAACGGUUAAAACUAAUGAUGUUGCAAAAUGAACCCUACCCGAGGACAGAAUCAAACCCCGCAAAACACAAGAAACAACAUUCCGUGAAAUGUUAGGAAAGGUUUCCUUCGUUACUUCCCAUACAAAUCCUUCCUAACUGCCAGCUUGCGAAGAAAGAUUUAAAUGCGUGCACAAACGACAUUAACCAUCCAGCAGCAUUCUGGUGUUGGUAAACACAAACACUGCCAUUUAACACUGCCGAUUUAGACAUCCUUUUUUUAUUCAGCAUCACGUUUUAUUAUUUAGGGUUGCUUUAUUUUGCAUUUGAUUCCUCGCCGUGUACUUGUUGAGCUUCCCCGUCGGUGCUGUCGGCGCAGGAACUGUGGAGGAAAAAGAUUAGUUAAAUUUUGCAAAGAACUGUUUCUUUUCAUCGCUCUUCAACACUCUUCCGCUCACUCACUACUGCCCAAAACACGAUAAGGCGCAACGGAUCGUGAGACAAGAGUUGUGUUCGUUUCUUGUCAAAGACCGCGUCGGACCAUGUUCGAGCCGUUCUAUUUAGGUGUUAAAAUUUAAAUGAACUGUCGAUGAAAAGCAAAACGCUUAUGCUGUGGAGGCAAAACUGCACCGUAAUGCCAUCGCGAGGGGCCAUCGAUCGUAUCCUUCCUACACCAGUGGAGGGGGGGUACCAGUGGUUUUUUUGCUUCCCAUGGAAUUUCUUCCUCCUUUCCGCUACGUUUCUAUUGUUUCGGACUGGCUGAGAGAAAAUAAUAUUUCUUUAGAAAUUUAUGUUUGGACUGAUUUUUAUAAAAUAGUUUUCUGUUAAGCGGUUAGGGUUACAUACACGUGUAAAUUGUUUUAGUGGCGUGAAAUUAGACGACGAUGCGACUGCUCUAUCUUCUUGUGUUGUGUGUUACGUACGUUACGUCUCGUUCCGUGCACUAUGUGUGUGUGUGUGACAAAAAUCACGGAGCCAUAACUCGAAAAAGCGCAGAACCAGCGAAACAUUUAGACGUCAAAAGCAAUGGACGAAAUUUGCCAUGUGCCCGGGCGCACAUUUGUAGUACAAUCGAAAUCGCUCUCUUUUAAGAGGAUGCAAACUUGGCGCAAUCUUAAGCUAAGUGGUGAAUGGAACGCAUCCCAUCGCCUUUUUUUUCUUUCUAUAUCGUUAAGCGUAACUACUCGUUUAGGCACUAAUUUAUGUGUGAGCUUUUAUUUUUGAAAAGCAUUCAGAGCAUGUGCGUUCCCAAAAACGACACCAGCGCCGAGUCUCUUUAUAAGAAACGACGAUAGAGAAAGCAAAGAAAAGAAAAACGAACACGUCCACCAAUUACAUACAUACAUUUAUCAAUAAAUGUUCUCUCUCUCUCUCUUUAUUUUCCCUCCUUCGGUCAUUUAAGGGUGUGAGAAUGGUGUAGCAAAAGUAAAAAUACUAUAGAGCCCUAUCACUGCCGCUCCAUGCUUUUUAAGUGUUGUGAAAGGUUUGUUGGUGCCACUGGGUCAGCCCACAAACACCGUGUGGUAUAACCUUUUCUUUUGUCCAGAAAGGAUUUCUUAGCAAUAUUGUGCGUUUAGCAAAUCGAUCCUACUAUGUGAGUGUGCGUGUGUUUUGUACGGGCAGCACACGUGCUGCUGUGCUUUUUCCUCCUCUUAUAAUUUGGUGAUGGCGCACUAUUUUGCGCGACUGCUUAGCAUUUACGUAUUUACGCAAAGAGACAGGAAAAGCGCACAGAGAUCUUCACAGCAACCACUCUCUCGUAUUGGUGAGCGCUCUUCAGCCUUCACUGCCCAACCUUUUCACGUGUAGACGAUUUAAGUGUAAUUUUAUUGUAAAAAUAUGACACCUACCUACCUAUCGGUCGUCGUCGUCUUCGUCGAGUACGUUGUGUUUUUUUAGUUUAAUUUUUGUAACCCACAUCGUCUCGCUGUACACGCACACGCGCACAACUCGCAAUGUUUUGCGCAGCUGUACUGAUGGCGCUGAGGGCGAACAUAGUUUUAUAGUAUUUUUUAAUAGGAAAAGUUUAGUAUCAUCAUAACUGCAAAUGCUUAGUGUUAGGUUUAACCAUCUGUCUUCUCCUUAAUCGUAUCCUCAACCCACAACACGCAACCUAUUAUACGACUAAUUAGUACCGUAGGAUUCGAUGUUUGCUUUAAGUUCGUUCGUCUAGUAGCGUUUAAGUGUACACUGUGUAAGCAAACGAUCCCUCUCAUCUUUUGAGGAGCGGAGUAGGAGGAGAGGGGGGGAGCUUAGGGACACGACCCCCCCCUCAGUACAAAAGCAAACCAAUCGACGAUGUGUCUUGUGUUUUGUAUUUCUCGUAUAAUAAUCCUUCCGAGGCGGACACACACACACACCUCGUUGUCGCGCAUGUUAGAUUUAAUACAACAAACAACAAAAAACUACUACUACAACUACUACUGCCCAACCCCUCCCAAAAUGUUCCUGCCACGAUCGCGAUCACACGCGUGUGUAUGUUCAUUGUAACACGAUCCACUGGUGGGCCACACGUGGGGCGCUUAAAUGUGACGUGAAGUUUUUGAAAAAGAAAAUUGAAAAGAUAAAAACUCAUCUUUAAUAUGAACGAUACGUUUUUUUAUAUGUGUUUUAUUAUUUGCUUUUUUCUUAUUGAUUGUUUGUUCUCCUUGUUUUACUCGUCGUACGUGAUGAUGACAGUUUUCUUUCUUUCAUUUCAGAUAUUGUUUUAUUGUUCUUUUGCGUUAUAUGCGUUUUUCUGUUUGCGUUAUAUAUGUGUGUUUUCUUCGACUUUUGUUUUCUUUUAGAUGAUUUAAUCAUUUUUUCAUCCUUUUUACAAUUUUUAUAUUACGGCAAAAUGGAGCUCUAUACCACUCGCAUAACCACCUACACUACAAGGAUUCCAAGCUGGCACAGUUGUGUUGUUUCCCUUCUUUCCCCACCACGUACUCAAAUCGGCUGGCAGCAUAGUAAACGGCAAAGAGAAACGUUUGAGUAUCGAUGGAAUUCGUACAGGAGUGAAAAUAAUGUAUCAUAAAGCUCUACUCUGUCGAACGAUAAAUAGAAUUCGUAUCAAAUUGUAGGUGAUACUAUGUGUAAGUAAUGGUAGUAAGGGAAGGGUCGUAUCUAGGCGUUAAGACAUGUCUUCACAUAAAGUGAUUACGAGUAAUAAUUAAACAGUAGUUAACGGGCAGGGAAGGAGAUGAUGAGCUGACAGGGUGAGAUGAGCAGAUAAGAUAAAAAGCAUGAAAUAUAAAACAUCAAAGUUAUUAAAGGUGGGUCGGUAAAUACGCUACAAACACGCGACGGUACUAAACAGAAUAUGCAAACUUUCUCCAGCUACGAUCGUAAGGACAUGGUUCAUCAGUUGUAAAAAAGGAACAUAUGAUUGACAUGAAGGAAAACCUCAGGGGGUUGGUUUAAUGUUUUUCCAACACAAAACACACAGAUACACCACCAAACACACACACACACACACAAUUGUUUGCACGCCGCUUUACAGCGAUAAUGCAGUGGAAUCGAUUACGUGAAAGGGUUUUUAGCAACCAUAUGCCUCUGAUGUUUAAACAUGUUUUAACUAACUGUGUUCUUUAGGUGUUUGUACCGUUGCCUAAUCAUACUCUCAAUCAAGGAGAGAGCGAGAGAGAGGAGACAGGAAACUCUACCAUUCGCUUUCAUUACUUUUAAGGAACGAUGCGAUUACCCAAUGUAAGAUCGUACAGGGGGAAGGUGACGAUAAAACACACAUACGAGAGAGAGAGAGAGAGAAAGAGAGAGAGAGAGAGAGAGAGAGAGAGAGAAAAAAAACGGUUGAAUGAAGGUGAAAACGAAGCAGGGAGGUAUGGACAGGAGACACAACUGGUGGCUGGCAACGGAACGGUUUCGGGAAAAUCAGUGCAGCAAUAGACAAUGUGGAAACACCAGACACGAAAGGAAGAAAGGAUGCGAAGUGAUUGCUGCAGAAGAAUGAAAAAUUGAGAGAUCGACAAAAAGAGAAGAAAAGCGAUUAGAUAAUUGAAGCGACAAGUGCGAAACGUAUUGGCUACGAGUUGGUGAAACGUGCCUAUAAGGAAAAGAAACCAACAAACUUUCCUAUCAAAUGGAAGCAAAAUUAAACAAGACAAGAGGCUGGUGGUGGUGGUGAUGAUGAUGGUAGCUGGAUGGCAGGGAAGUAAUAGUGGGCGGAUAGUGGCAACGAGAAAAUAGGACUAGAAACGGUUAGCGAGACACUUUUGAAGGUGGAUAAAGCAUAUAGAAAGGCAGCAGAGCAGUUUGCUAAUUGUGCCAUUGGAUCAGAGAAUUGGAAACAGGAAAGGAAAAGGGAAUGCUCUCGAUAAAAGAGCAAAACUCCCAUUAAGAAAAGAUACGAUUAGGGGAAAAUGGCAAACAUAUGACCUUUACCUCAGAGCAAGAAACUAGCGUGUAGCAUAAAUGUGUCGGCAUGGCAGAGGGGAAAGGCGAUCAGGCGGUGAAGGAGAGAAUGUUUUUAGUGAGGAAUGGUUUAGAAGAAAUUGUACAUAGGCUAAGCGUGUCGUAAAUUAUCCCCAGCAAAAUGGCGUUGGAAAAGUUGGCAGGACACACACACAGCUAACCCAAUAUAUAUCAGCUCAAGCGAUAGGUUUUGACAGGCACUCCGAGGGCUAGAAGCAAUGAAAGCCAUGUGAGUAAAUUCCGCAUUAAAAUGUGCGCGACACUGGCAUGUAUUGACAUCCCUUAAGUGGGCAAAACAAAAAACUAAAGCUUGCGGCGGUUUGUGUGUAAGUAGAUGUUGUUCUAGAAAUAUGGAAACAGAAUGAAGCAAAACAAAAACGGUAAGGAAAGGCAAAGAAAGUAAAAUAACACAAAGUGGAAAAUGAAAUGAUUAUGCUAUAAUCCUACAGAAACUAGUGGAAUUUAGAGCAGUGCUGCAACAAACGAACAAAAAGAAGCAAAAAAAAAAACAGACGGCAACUCGUGUAAUGGAAUGUGUAUGUAUCAUGUAUGUAGAUGGAAACAGUAAUGACAAAAAAAACUAAACAAACCGUAUAAGUAACGUAUUCAUUGUAUGGAAAGGAAAACAAGAAGGUAACAGAAUAGGUAACGAUGUCGUGUAACAGGCAGCUUAGUCGUACGUAGUAAAGUGUGUUUUAUGAUGGUAAAAAUUGGUAAAUAAUCGCUCGAACCCGACGGUAGUAAAUAGUACAAGUCAGUUUAAUCAGUAAUGCUUUACGUACUUUUUUCGGUACCUUUUUAUCUCUUUUCCGUUUGUCUUCGUUUAUUUAAUCGUUUCUAAGUUAUAUGUGUUUUUUACAACUAAACCUUUAUGGAAAAAAGGGAAAAAUAAACAAACAAAAAACAUUGAAAACAGGAAGCAAAAAGGAAAACAAGCGAAUUCGAUGAUUCGAUAAAGGACCAGAACUAAGUAAACUAAGGGACAUAUAGUGAAACAAAGCGUAAUACGCAAAUCGCGAAGGAAAACAUGAAAGCAAAACCACAAUAUUGAACGAAAAAAAACGAGGACUUAACGAGCCAAGACAAAAAAGAAUCAAUACAAAAUCAUAAAACACAGUUGAGAUUACUAUAUUUGGGUAAUGGAAAAUAAAACAAGGAAUGAAGGAAAGCAAAAUCAGCAGGAAAGAAGGAGAGCAACAAAAAUUCACAACCCCACGGGUACACACCAAUUUAUACAUUCAAACUACUCCCCAUACAACACAAACAACCAAAAACACUGCAUAAAUGCCAUUGGAAGGUAUAAAAAUGAACACAUAUUUUUCAUACUAACAAACAAGCAAGAAACAAAGAAAAGAAUAAGUGCACCUACAGGAAAAUAAAGAAAUGAACAAAACAUAAACAUAAAAUGCAAAAUUAGCGAAACAGCAACAAAAAACGGUACAGUUUGAAAACGGAAACAUGGAAAUAGUUUGCAUAGUGACAGACACGAACAAAAUGGAACUACCUCAUUAAUGUUUAGAGCAUACAUACAUACAGCAGCACAAAAUCAGAAAGUCAAACACAACCGAAAAAAGGUCAAAAUCUUACAACAGGAGAAAGAAGUAAUAGAAAGUACCAACAACGAGCAACAACAAAAAAAAAACAAUUAGAGCAAAAAAGGGAGACAAAAAAAGAGAAACGAGGCUACAAAAAGUUUGAGUUUAAAGUUAGUGGACAACAUAAAAAAGCAAAUAUAAAACAUCAAAAGAAGCAAGGUUUUUAUCAAAAUCAAAUAACAGUCGAAUCGAAAUUCCGGACACCCUGUGCGAUGAAAAGAAACACAACAAUUGGUGGAAAACAAAUCAAUUUGGAUUGGAAAUUGGAAAGUUCACAUGCGAAAAUUGUUUGUAGAAAAAAGAGAGAUGUGAAAAAAGGUGUUUUUGUGUUAAACUAUUUUAGCCCAUCGUUACGUUGAUUUGCUUACACUGCACCGUUUGGUUGUACCGUUUUGUAUAGAAGUUGGGCAUAUGAAAUGUAAUUAUCGUGAAUUCAGCUGUAGUUAAACACUUGCAUCGGACAGCACUCCCCCGGUUCCAUAUCCCUUCUAAAGCUCUCUCUCUCUAGCUCUAUCUGUGUGCCGUACUUUCAGUGGCGCAAACCCGCAAAAGGACCAUCGGUUAGGAUUUCCUUCUCUAUAUCACCCCGUUUGCUUGUACAAUUAAAUGAGCUUUCCACUCUAUAUUACCUAAAAGGAGAGAAUCUGAAUGAUUUGGAAACUUUUUCCCCAGCUGUUCCUUCAAUUGUCCUGCCUUCCUCGACUCUGUACCCUUCAAUGGGUACAAUUUCAUAAUUAGAAACUGCCAAAAACGGACAGCUAUUAUCACAACCAAUAAGUAACGAAAGCAAGUCUAUUAGAUCGAUUAUAUUGGCAUGAAUGUAAUAUUAAAGCAUAGCAACAACAACAAAAAAGCAUACAGACACAGGAAGACACACAAACACAUACAUCAUAACAUCCAGCAGUAUGUUAAAAGAAGGAGGCCAAACAUAUUUUGGUAGGAAAUGAGUUAUGGACCCUCCCUUUCCGCUCGGUGAUAGGCAUACAAAUGCGAUCAGGUAUUGUCGGAACGAAAGCGGGAAGGUUUUUGUACCAAAAUCCGACGUAAACCAACCACCCAUCCCAAAAAAGACAUGAAAACCUCAUCUAAAGGUUUACUUUUUGUCUUUUCGGUGAAAAAAAACAUGAAACAGGAAUACAAAACACACACACACACACACAGAACCAACCGGAGGAAGGUAAAACGCGACAAAACACAACUAACAAGAUGCUUAUUAGAGUGUAAAGAAAUGAAAGAAGUAAAAAACGCAGCAGUAAAGGAAACAUCGCCCAAACCGAUGAACACAAGGGGGCAAAGUGGAUGAAGUGGAGCAGAACAAAGCAUUGUAUCAGUAUGUUUAAACAAUAUGAAACUAUUGAAAAUAUAUUACCGAUAUGAGAAACGUC